AUGCCUGACAAACCUGCCACCGUCCUUGGCUAUGCUGCAGGAGCCUCGCUCGCUGCGAUCACUGCCUUUUAUAUAUUCAGCCCGUCGUUCUUCAUCGACGGCGAGAACUCGCAAUACCCGAACGAUGGACGCAAGCGAACCACCGUCGGCCUGACAAACCCGGCCAACGACUGCUUCAUCAAUUCGGUCCUACAGGCGCUCGCGGGCUUGGGAGACUUGCGCUUGUACUUGAUCAAGGAGUUGCAUAGGAGGCAGCUAGAGGACCCCGAGAUUUACAAUGCACCGCCCCUGGUCCUCAAGAAGGGCGAGAAGCCCGAGAAGAUUAUCAGCCUCCAAAAGGCGCAGGUCACGAAAGCUCUGAAGGAGAUGAUAGACGCACUCAACGAGAGACCAAUAUACAAGAAGACCAUCACAGCGCGGCCGUUUAUAGAAGCAUUAGAGCGCGCCUUCAAUACCAGGAUCAGCCGAAAUCAGCAGGAUGCGCAAGAAUUCCUACAAAUCGUACUCGAACGGCUGUGUGAAGAAUACACGGCUUCGGAGCGAGCCAGGAGAGCAGCGUCACAGAAGUUGUUGCCGCAGGAUGGCUCGGGCUUAGAAUCACCACUCGAGGAAUCGUCUGGUAAGGAUGCCUCCCGUACGGAGGCACGUAUUGGUGGCAAUGAAACAUUUCCUUUCGAGGGGCGGAUCGAGUCUCAGAUACAGUGCCAGCAUUGUGGCUUCCGGACAAAGCCGUCGGCAACGACGUUCGUCUCACUAACCUUGAAUGUACCACAAAAGAACUCAACUUCGCUAGACAGCUGUUUUGAUAUCCUACUUAAGAGUGAGGAGAUAGAUGACUACAAAUGCGACAAAUGCAGACUGGUGCAUGCUGUGGAAUGGAAGACGGCUCAACUGCGGAUAGCCAAGACUGCUUCGCUUAAAGACAGCAUAGAACGAGAGAUCCAGUCAUUAGAAAAAGCCCUUCUGACUGAUCCUGAGAAGCCUCCAGAAGACGUGGAGCUGCCGGAUUCGAAGCAAGCUCCCAAGAGAAAGAUCAGGAAAUCCACCAGGAUAACAGUAUUCCCAAAACUGAUUGCGAUACAUCUCUCCCGGUCGGUCUUCGACCCUGGCAGCUACUCGAGCAAGAAUUCUGCAAAGGUGUCGUACGAACAACGGCUGCGUCUCGGUGGAAUUCUAAAUGAGCACUGGUAUACCCUGCUCGGGGUGGUCUGUCACAAAGGCAGCCACAACAGCGGCCAUUACGAAUCGUUCCGCCGCAACCACAUGUAUCGACCAUUCGCGACUCCUGAUGCAUUCAAGGCGUAUGGUGAAGCCAGCCGGAAUGGGACACCAAUGUCGUCGCCAGCGCCAAGCCCUCGAGUGAACGGAGCUGAUGCAGUUGCACCGUCAUCUGCAGCAGAACUUGAAGCGUCAACAGCAACGUCAUCGCCUGCGCCAUCUGUGACGUCGCGGCCGACGUCUCAAGCAACAUCCAGCACUAAGCAUGCCGAACAAGCCAGACAGUCCAUCUACCGAACAAUCACCCAGGGAUCGAAGCCUCAGAUCCAGUCGCACAAACCUGAGAAUAAAGCUCGGCGGCGGAAGAGGACAGCAGAUCGGUGGUGGCGGAUAUCAGAUGAGAAAGUGAAGGAGGCGAAGACAUCAGAUGUGCUCGGUAUGCAAAAGGAGGUGUACCUGCUGUUCUAUGAGCUUGAGAGGCCAGGAGAGGAUCAGGGCUGA